UUUAAUAAUAAUUAAUUUUCAAAUUUCAAACAAUUAUGAAUAGAAAAUAACAAGCUCCUGUUGCCUAAAAACCAGUUGGGAAAUAACAAUAAGUCAGUCGAAAAUAAUAGGACAGACCUGGUUUGACUGAAGAUGAAAUCGAAGAGAUUAAGGAAGCUUUCAAUUUAUUUGAUACUGAGGGAACAGGGAAAGUGGACCCUAGAGAAUUGAAGGCAGCCAUGUAAAGUUUAGGAUUUGAUUAAAAAAACCCAACUAUCUUUAACAUGAUUGCAGAAUUAGAAAAUGAGGGAAAUGAAAUUGAUUUCGAUUAGUUCUUAGAUGCCAUCACUUCCAAGUUAGGGAACAGAGAAUCCAGAGAUGGAAUCAAUAAAAUAUUUGAUCUUUUUGAUGAUGAUGGCAGUAAUGCUAUUAACUUGAACAAUUUAAAAAGAGUGUCUAAAGAAUUAGGUGAAACUAUGACAGCUGAAGAACUUGCAGAAAUGUUAGAAAGAGCAGCUUCAAAUGGUCGAGAAAUCUCAAGAGAAGACUUUUAUAACAUUAUGGUCAAAAGAACCUUCUGAUAUAUAUAAUUCAUAGCAGUUAGUUAUUAUUUUCAAAUUAAAA